GUAAAACCACUUCCUGAUAAAGUUUUUAACUUUUUCUAACUUUCGUUUUUGUAAUAUGUAGAGUACUCGGAUGUUAAAAUGGCUUUACAAGCCAGUCUUCAGAAAUUCCUAGCUAAAGUUGAGCGGUUGUCCAUACUAGAUAAAAACGGGAUUGAUGGGUUUCAGAGAGAAUUUACGGCCCUUAAAGACAAAAGCAACCAGUACAAGGUUGAAAAGACAUAUCCCACUACAGAGGGAGAAAAGCAAAGCAAUAGGAAGAAGAAUCGUUACAAAGACAUACUACCCUUUGAUUAUACCAGAGUCCCAUUAGAAAAUAUAACUGGACAUCCCGGGUCUGAUUACAUUAAUGCAAGCUUCAUUAAGAGUGCAACUGGGAAGAAAUCAUACAUUGCAUCCCAAGGACCCCUUCCACACACUGUAAAUGAUUUCUGGAGACUUAUUUGGGAAUAUGAUGCCUCCAUUGUUAUUAUGUCCUGUCGAGAGGUGGAGCUAGGAAAGCCAAAAUGUGAGAGAUAUUGGGCUGAGAAGGGAGAGCCAAAAUUGUAUGGAACAAUCGAAGUAACAAUGGUUAAAGAACAGGACCACUAUAAAGAGUUUACCAUUCGAACUUUACGGGCUACAAAGAAGGGAGAAACACGAGUCAUAAAGCAGUAUCAUUACAUAAAAUGGCCUGAUCAUGGUGUUCCAGACUCUGCGCUUCCAAUAUUGGACAUGAUUGCAAUGGUGCGAGAAGAUCAAAGCCAGGAGGAACCACCACUUGUAGUUCAUUGCAGUGCAGGUUGUGGGAGAACUGGGGCAAUUAUUGCAAUAGAUUAUGCAUGGACACUGCUCAAAACAGGGAAACUUACUGCUGACUUUGAUAUAUUUGAUAUCCUGUCCGAGAUGAGGAAACAGAGGCUUGCUUUUGUUCAAGCAAAGGACCAAUAUGAACUUGUGAAUCGGGCAGUAGCUGAACUGUUUGAGCGCCACCUAUUGCUGAUGGAUAAACAUCUCUACGAGAAUAUGAAUGUAGAAAAGGAGAAAGAUCCUGCAUAUGAUUCCCCUUGUGAUGUUAAGCUGCCUCAUACAGAGGAAUCAGAAUAUGAAGAUGUGCAUCCCUCCCAACUUGCAAUACGACGCUCCAUUCAUGAAUUGCUCAACAACGAUGGAUUAAAGAUUUUCUUGCAAUCGUCUCCACCAAAGCCAUCUUUAGCGAAAAAACCUGAUACCCUUUCAUUUAACAACAGUAACUCAGACAAUGCAAAAUCAAAAAAUUCAUCAAAACCUCCGAUUUCUCCGCACAAACCCCGAUUAGAUCAGAAACCAAAUGACAAUGAUGUAUUUUCUAAGCCAAAAGGGUCCGAAAAGAAAGAUCCUAUUGAUCGAUUGCUGCCCAAAUUACCGAAGAAGACUGGGUCAUUCCGUAUUGCCAACAGAGAUGACCCUGGCCUCUCAAGGUCACCUAGAAUGAAAGCGAGGCAGCCUAAACCUGACCUCGAUGAGAUUGAGACGGAACAUUUAACCCGAAGUAGUGGUAGUGUUCGAAUAAAGAGAUCAAAUGGUCAGAGAUAUAACUAUGAGAAUAUGAAAAUUGACAGUGAUAUUGACAUAAGAGGAAGAAAUGAUGACCUCAGUGAACUUGAUGAUUUGAUGAACUUUGUCACUACAGACACAUCCAUUAAUGUUUUAAAGCCCAUACCUGUGACAUUGCCAGACACGAAGCUCAGUGAUACUAAAAGUGCAUGUAAGCCCCCACCCUCUCCCCACGAAGGGGAGUAUUCCAAUGUAGAGUUCAAAAAGCGACCUGUACAAAAACCUGUGAUAGAAGAACAGAAAGUGCCUGACAAAAAAACACAGUUUGACCAAUUAUGGCAUUCCAAUAAUAGGAAUGCACUUGAGGCAACAAGUCUUAAGAAUCAGAAAAAACAAUUCAAUGAUGAGGAUGACUCUCAGUAUGAAGGGGUUUGGGAGGCUAAAGUUGAUAGUGGGAAAGCAGUCUCUCUUACUAAAUCUAGACUAGCAUCAGACAGUAAAUUACUAAAGCAGAGUCAAGAAAAUAUUGACACCAGGCGUCACGUCUCAACAAGCAGUACAAAGAGUGCCACAGAGCUUAUCAUUGAUGCCUAUAGUGUUGAAAAACCAGUGGAAAAUAAGUCUAACAUUGCAGUAUUUAAAGAUACAAAGCCAAAUAAUCAACAAUUGAAACCCAGUAGACUUUAUUCAGCAGAAAAACCAGUAAUAACCACCUCAAAAUAUGUUAAUGAAAAACCAAUAGGCGAAACACAGCAUACAGUACAAAACUCAGCUAAACCUUCUAAGGAAACUUUUGUAUAUGAUUAUGCAUAUGCAGAAACUUCGCAACCUGGUCAAAAGAAGCCGGAGCAGGAUUCAAAUACACAUUUUAAAUAUGACUAUGCUUAUGCUGAAACUUCACCAACAGGAAGGGAUAAGGAACCAUCACCAAGUAACAAUGCUGCCAAGACAACAAAACCUGAAGCCAUGUAUGCAUAUGCUGAUCCCGGGAAGGUCCGUGCAGGAUUCAUGCCAAGCGAAACAAAGUCUGAUGGGAGCUACUCGUAUGCUGAUCCAGGAAGGGCUCGUCCUGGGUUUGUGCCCGAGUCCCCCCAGGGUGCAAUUGACUCUCCGACGACCCCCCAUUCUGGACCAAUGAAACCACCACGAAAAAACAAAAAGUCAAGUAGCAGUGCAUCUACUAGUAGCUUUGAUGAGUACGAACCAGUAUCCAUGUCAAGUAGCCUCCCAAGUCCAUCUGAUGUUGAACUCGUGGAACUUAGGAUCGUGGAGGAAGGGGAUUAUUCUUCCGUUGAUAGCAAAGAUAUGCAUGCAGAUCAGCCACCUGUGCCUAGGAAAACAAAAGACUCAUUGACGUUUGUCUCAUAUGAUGCUGACCCAGAUCCAGAUGAAGACAGCAUGUAUUCAUCGAUAGGUGUUGGUGGGGGCAGGUGGAAGCAGAAAGGGGGGCCAAGUCUUUCAACUGACACUGAUGUUCCCCCAGUUCCAAGGAAGACUCAAGAUUCUUUAACAUUAAGAGAUCCAGAAAGAAUGCCCCCAUCCGCAACAGAUCAGGCCUCUGGUGGAGUGAGCAAAACAUUGAACAGAGCCUUUAAGAAUGUUAAGAUAUCACUGCCUAAGCUUGGAACCAAUUGGAAAACCAUGGGAACAACUACAACUCCAACUGAUCCUGUAUCACCAAAUGCAAAUCCAUAUGUGGUGAAAGGCAUUGAUAUGGGUUGGGGUAACAGAGUUGGUCAGCCAAAGGGAGAAAGGAGCGCACCUCUGUCUUGGAAACAAUAGUGAAGAAGCUAGCAGCUAAUGAGAAUUCUUCGUAUCUGUCUUACAGAGCUAGCAACCAAUAACCACAAAUUGGUACCAGGCAUGCAAGUGUGCUUUAAAGGAGUUGCAGAUCUACUGAUCAAAACUAUUGACCAAUUGUCAUGUAAUUUUUCAAUACUGCUGGAAUGAUAUGCUUUGCCUGAGAGGAACUAACUGGCCUCAGGCAUGAUGGACAGAGCUUAUGUACCACAUUGAUUGGUACAUCAUACUGACCAACUGAGUUCAUGCCCUUGUGACAUGUUUCGAAAUGAACUGUCUCAUUGUUGGACCCAAGUGUGCUUGUACUAGCUCAUUGGGCAUGAUUGGCAAUUACAUUGUGAUAUUAACGUCAAACAUGACAUUAUAAACAUAGGCACUUAAAGAUAUGCUAGAGUGUAUUUUUGAGGCAAAAUCUUUUGAUUUAUCUAUUAGAAACCAUCCUUUAGACAUUUGAACUAAACAAUGCAACUUUUCACCAUUUUAGAAUUUUGAAAUGAUCACUUUGAAAAUUACGAAGAGAAAUAUGAUUCAUAUGACUCAAAUUCUAAAAGUUGUUCUUUGCAGGCCAAAAAUUUGAAGAAUGAACAACUCCUCUUAGAGCAGGGUGGUUUUUAACUAUUUAUAAUUUUUUGUGAUUCUUCCAUUCCAGCUUCUGUA